AUGACAGCUGGAAUCAUGUACGGUAUAUUUUUGAAGGCAGUGACCUAUGAUGAUGUGCACAUGAACUUCACUAAGGAAGAGUGGGAUUUACUGAAUCCUUCCCAGAAGAAUCUCUACAAAGAUGUGAUGCUGGAGACCUACAGAAACCUAACUACUCUAGGAUACAUUUGCAAAGACCUUAACACCAAAGAGCAUUGUCAAUAUUCUAGAAGACAUGCAAGGAUUGAAAGAAAUCAAACUGGAGAGAAGUUUUCAGUAUAUUCUCACUGUGGUAAAGUCUUCUCUUAUAACACUCAUCUUCUAAGGAAUGACAAAACACAUAGUGGAGAAAAAUGCUGUGAAAUUAAGCAAUGUGAUGAAGUCUUUUCUUAUCACAAUCAUCUUGAAAUGCAUAAAAGAACACACACUGGAGAGAAAGCCUAUGAGUAUGGUCAAGAUGAUGAAGACUUUCUUCUUUAUGAAAAUCAUCAAAGUCAUAAACGAACACAUACUGGAGAGAAAUCAUAUGAAUGUAAUCUGCAUGGUAAGGUCUUUCCUGAUCAGAGUCAUCUUCAAAAGAUUAAAAGAAUAUAUACUAGAGAGACACCCUAUGAAUAUAAUCAGGGUGGUAAAGCCAUUACACAAUGUGCUGUUUUUCAAACAUAUAAGAGAAUACAAACUGGAGAAAAACCCUAUGAAUGUAAUCAGUGUGGUAAGGCCUUUGCACGCCACAGCAAUCUUCAAAGCCAUAAAAGAUCACAUACCAGAGAGAAACGCUAUGAAUAUAAUCAAUGUGGUAAGGCCUUUGCACAACACAGUAAUCUUCAAAGCCAUAAAAGAACACAUACUGGAGAGAAACCCUAUUAA